AUGGAGCUCACACUGCAACAGCUCAAACAAUACGACGGCACGGACCCAUCAAAGCCCCUAUACGUGGCCGUCAAAGGACGCAUCUUUGACGUUACUGAAGGCAUGUCCUUCUACGGGCCCGGUAAGGACUACUCAAUGUUCGCUGGCAAAGAUGCCAGCAGAGCUUUGGCCAAGAUGAGCAAGAACGAAGAAGAUGUUUGUGCCAGUCUCGAGGGACUAUCGGAGAAAGAGAUCGGCGUGCUUAACGACUGGGAGAAGAAGUUUGAAGCUAAGUACCCUGUUGUCGGAAAUGUUGUCUCCUGA